AUGCCAGUGCCGAGUCCAUUCCGUUUCAUCGUCCCGAAAUCCCAAGACAAGAAAGAUGCGGCUGCGAGUCCAAGUCAGACGCCGUCACAACAGCGGGGGCAGAUGGCCACUCCAGCACCAGCGACGAGAGCAAGACCGUCAUUUGUGAUACCUGUACCACCUUCAUCGAGUCCUGCUCCGAGUCAGGAAACGCCGUCACGCCGGUCCCUGCCGCGAUUUAUCUUCCCACCAUCCGUUGCCGCUACAGACGGCAGCGAGAGUGGCGGCGGGUCGCGGUUUCUGGAUAGAGUCAAGAAAGAGGAUGACUCCCCCAAAAAAGAAGUAAUCGAGGACCGAUAUCUGCCCGAGUUGGAGUUCGGAACCGAGACGCCCCGAAAGCGUGCGCGGAGGGGCCAAGAACUCGACGAAGAAAUCGAAAUUGACGACCAUGGGGAACUCGACGAUUUGGCACCACGGAGGGUGAAAGAGGAGGGUGGGUGGGACAUCGAAGACGUCGAGGAGGACUUACCACCUAUCUUGAAUGCUGCGCAAGGACUUGAUUCGGUUCCGGUGACGACGUCGUUACACGCACCGCAUACCUCCUCCGACCUCACACGGCCAUCGACACCCUCCACCCUCCCCACCUCCCGUUUCCGACUUCACUCAGCCACCUCAUCCUUUACCCCCCUCCACCACGCCGCUCCCCAAGAGGAUGGAAAGAUGCUCCCAGCAACCCGACACUUCACCCGUUUCCUUCCCACCACCAACUCCCCUUCCACCUCCACAGCUGCUCCAAACUUACCAGCAGAUUGGUCUCCCACCCGGAGGAAAAACGCCCGAUUUGUGGAGGGUGGGAUAGCGAACGCCGUAGCGCGGAUACUCGCGGAUGCAAGCGCGCCGAUUCCUGCACAUCUCAAGACGGCUACGCAAGACGAGGAAGUUACUGUGGUGGCGAUGGAGGAGGGACGGGGUAUGUUGAGUGUUGUGGCCGAGACUGGGAGUGUGGGGGGAAGGAGAAGAGAGGUGAGGAAGAUGAUGUUACUAGAGAAAAUCGGAAACGGUGAAGUGAAGGUUGGCGGGAAGGUCUCUGUCGGUGAGAGGUUGUGGGGCUACACGGAGCCAGAGGGUGAGGUUGGCGUUUGGGAGGAGUGGAGGGGGCAGUAA